UCUUGCUCCAGGAUCUAAAGGAUCAGGAGAUUCAUAAACAGUGGCAAAUGAUGAGUCAAGAUUAAACAUUCUUUAGUGCGGUGGAGGAAAUGGUAAAAAUACACAAGGCUGAAGGAAAUAUAAGAAAAGGAUGGAGGCUGACCUAGAGUAGAAAGCAGAGUCUAGUUGUGGUGGCGGCUGAUUUUUUUGUGAAUUUUGGGAACAAAAGUGGGGAGUCGGUAAGGGAUAUAUGUUGAUGAGUACAGCUACAGAAUAUUUAACAAUGGCAAUAGUUAGGGAGAGAAGGUGGAGAUACAUGUGCUUGUCUUCCCAAGACAUACACAAAUCAAGAUAACAUGAAUACUUGUACAUGGAAUCCUUAUAACUUUCAAUCAUUUAUGCUUCACACUGACGUGGAUAGAUGUACACGCUCACUUCCCCUUACCUAAAGUUCCUCUCAUACUCAAGAUGGACAUGUUCUUCACACCAUGGGUCUAGCUAGGGGCCAGGGGAAACCCUGCAUAGAGGACAUUGGUCUGUGGAAAUCUUCUAACUAUAACAUUUUCAGUGCAGUCGAGAUUUCCGUCUAGCAGACUCCUUGCCCCAGUCAUCCCCAGUGGUUGUCAUUAGUACCUAACCUUACCCUUGGUUUGGCAAUUCCAACCCAAUAACGGUUGUACCAGAAAUAAUCUGGUAUAGGAGAGUCAGGUAAUGGAAGUUCAGGGUGGCAAGCACCUGAACAGCUUCGUCAUGAACGUCAAACGCGUGCUGUAGACUUAUUUAGUUUAGGCUGUGUCAUGUUCUUCUGCAUAACUGGUGGCAAACAUCCAUAUGGUCAGAGUCUUGAACGUGAUACAAAUAUAGUAAAUGAUCGAAAAGACCUCUUCUUGAUAGAGAAUAUGCCUGAAGCAACUGAUCUGAUAUCUCAACUCCUACAUCCAUAUCCAGACUCCAGGCCAACGGCUGUGGAGGUACUGAAUCACCCUUUCUUUUGGAAACCUGAAACAAGGCUGUCUUUUCUUCGAGAUGCUAGUGAUAGGCUAGAACUUGAGGAUAGGGACAGUGAAUCCGAGAUCCUGACAGCAGUAGAAAGUAUCAAGACAGUGGCUUUGGGCGGUUCGUGGGAUGCAAAAAUGGACAGUGCCUUCAUCAAUGACAUUGGUCGCUAUAGGCGUUACAAAUUUGACAGUGUUAGAGAUCUAUUGCGGGUGAUUAGAAACAAGCUAAACCAUUACCGAGAGCUCUCAAUGGAGAUUCAGGGACUUUUGGGACAGGUUCCUGAAGGAUUUGACUCCUACUUCUCAUCCCGCUUCCCCAGUCUUGUAGUGGAAGUUUACAAAGUCAUUCAAAGAUAUUGUGCGGAUGAACAAAUAUUUCGAAUCUAUUUCCAAAACAAUCAUAUUUAACACCUAUUCAUCUAUACUGUUCAUAUCUGAUUAAGAGCUUUCCCAUUUUUAACCUUUUGAGUUGCUAACUUGUAUUUGUGUGCAUAUAUGCUGUAAAUUGUGAUCAUUAUUGUAACAAUAAUUCAAUAACAAAUGUUUCUCCCACCUUAAAAAACGAGUCAUUUUGUUUAUAUUUUUUGUAUUUUAAAUCAGCAAGCUGUGAAUGAGUGAUUAUGGUUGGUGACAACCCAA